AUGUCCUUUCUUAACAGAAAUAACCUCUUCGGCUCAGGCCAACCGCCACCCCAACCGCCGCGAGAUCCUUAUGGCGCUUCUCCCAAUCGACGUCCGAAUUACGGCAGCAAUCCAUAUGAUACCCCUAUGAAUGGCUACGAUCCCCCCAGACAGCAGCAAGGAGGUUAUGGGGGUCCGGGUCUACCUGCGAGGAAUAUGCCACCACGACCCAUGGGUCAUCAGAACAACCCCAGUAGAGGAGGAGGACGAGGAGGAGGUCAUCUUAUGACCAUGCAGCCUGCCAAAAGCCCAGACAACACGUACACGUUCCGUAACCUGGUGGCCGUAUCGAGCCAAGAUAUACCACCCUCGCGAGACGGGACAGACAUACUUCUCAUGAUCAAUGGCAUGUAUGUCGUGUCGGCGCGGCCACUGGAUGCAUUUCCACGAAGCUGCAUUGGGCUUUCCGAGCCCCAGAGGUCCUGGAUGGGUAUUGCUCUGACGGAUCAACUUCAAGUGGAAGUUUAUGAUGCUUUCGGUCAAGGCGGGCAAGCAUACAUUCACGCUAUGGACAUUGAAAUCGGCUUUGCGAGCACGAGAAAAGUCGUUGAUACACCUUACGACCAAGAUGACCUGGCCAAAGAAAUCGUCAAGUUAUUUAACAGCCAAAUCUUUGCGCCGAGCCAAAGAUUCUUGAUGGACCUGAAAAGUAUUCCUCUGAGUCUCGUCGUCAAGACGGUUCAACUCGCAGAUUUCAGUGAAAAGGCUGCUCCCACCACAUCCGAUCCUCAGGCCAGAGGAAUAUUGACUCCACAAACCCAAAUCAACUUCUUCAAGGAUGGCAAGACGCCCAUCAACCUCAAGGCGUCGUUACGACGACCCGCGGCCAACUCGAUCAUAUCUCCCGAUUUCAAAUAUGAAGACAUGGGCAUCGGCGGACUGGAUAAAGAGUUUGCUACCAUCUUUCGCCGAGCUUUCGCCUCACGUGUCUUCCCGCCGGGGCUGGUGGAGAAAUUGGGCAUUCCUCAUGUCAAGGGCAUCUUGCUUUACGGACCCCCCGGGACCGGAAAGACUUUGAUUGCGCGACAGAUUGGCAAAAUGCUUAAUGCCCGAGAACCCAAAGUCAUCAACGGACCGGAAGUUCUCAACAAGUUUGUCGGUCAAUCAGAAGAGAACAUUCGAAAGUUGUUCGCCGACGCCGAAAAGGAGUAUAAAGAGAAAGGCGAGGAAUCGGGACUGCACAUUAUCAUCUUCGAUGAACUCGACGCGGUAUGCAAAAAGAGAGGCAGUGGUGCCGGCGGGGGUACCGGUGUCGGAGACAGUGUCGUCAACCAGCUUCUAUCGAAACUCGAUGGCGUCGACCAGCUCAACAACAUCCUGCUGAUCGGUAUGACCAACCGAAAAGACAUGAUUGAUGACGCUCUGCUCCGCCCGGGCCGUCUGGAGGUUCAUCUGCAGAUUUCACUCCCCGACGAACAGGGACGAGUUCAAAUUCUCAAGAUUCACACCGCCAAAAUGCAGAAAAACAACGUCUUGGAUCCGACGGUCGACAUCCUUGAUCUGGCCCAAAAGACCAAAAACUUUUCCGGUGCCGAACUGAAUGGCCUCGUGAAGGCUGCCGCCUCUUUUGCCUUCAAUCGACAUAUCAAAGUCGGCACCAUGGCCGGAAUCAGUGAAGAUGUUGCCGACAUGAAAGUCACCCGAGCUGAUUUCGAAAAUGCUCUCGAGGAAAUCAAACCUGCUUUUGGUGUUUCCGAAGAGGAUCUGGCCUUGUGUUUGGAAGGGGGCAUCAUUCAUUAUUCGCAACACAUCAAGGACGUCUUGCGAGAGGGCGAAGCAUUUGUGGAACAGGUACAACGAUCGACGCGCCUGUUUUCCGUCUGUUUACACGGACCACUGGGAUCGGGAAAAACUGCAUUGGCCGCGAAAAUUGCCCUGGAUUCAGGUUACCCCUUCGUCAAAUUGAUCGGCAAGCAAGAUUUCUUGGGCAUGGGUGAGGCACAGAAAAUUGCUCAUUUGCACGAAGUCUUUACGGACGCCUACAAAAGCAGGCUGAGUGCUGUCAUUAUCGAUGAUCUUCUGCAAUUGUUCGAAUGGACCCCCAUCGGUCCACGGUUCAGCAACCCCAUCCUGAAGACGUUCGUGGCAUUGAUCAGCACCCCGCCGCCCGUUGGGCAUAGUUUGUUGAUCCUCGUAACGGCGGCUUCGCGAACGGUUCUACAAGAAUUGGACUUCUGGGGCUACUUCAGUGCCGAUAUUCCUAUUCCCAACCUGCGAACCUAUCAGGAACUCGAACAUGUGAUGAGAGAGUCAAACGUGUUUGACCAGGGAGACAUUUCCAUGGCGGUCGCAGAAAUUAAGGACGCUACGAGCAGCGAAACGGUCGGCGUUGGUAUCAAGCACGUUCAGCAAGCCAUCAGGACGGCGGAGAUAGAUAUAAAUAGGGCGGAUCGUUUUGCUAAGAUAAUGUCCCGUGCCAUUCAAGAAAGGGGGGCACCUAUAUAG